CAUCCUUCCUCUAGUUUCCAGCGUCAUGUGAAGGGGGCGUCUAGUAUUUUUUCACCCUCUCUCUCUCCAGUCGGGACCCUCCCCCGCCAAGCUUCCCCAGCUUAUCGGCGGUAAGUGUAUGGGGAAAGCAGCCGCUCCCUGUGGCGGCUCCAGCGGGAUAGUGUCAUUCCUCACCGCGGUGCCCUGUUUGUCUUGUAAACCUCAACCUGCAGCGGAGCGGAGGAUGAGCGACCAGGGUAAGGGCUCGGCAUCCACGACUGCCGGGGCCCCAGCUCCGGGGUCGGACACUUACAAAGGCUGGCUAUUUAAAUGGACUAACUAUCUGAAAGGGUACCAGCGCCGAUGGUUCGUCCUCAGCAACGGCCUGCUGUCAUAUUACAGGACGCAGGCGGAGAUGGCGCACACCUGCCGCGGUACCAUCAACCUGGCCACGGCGCACAUCGACACAGAGGACGCCUGCAACAUCGUGCUGAGCAGCGGCGGGCGCACCUACCACCUGAAGGCGGGCUCGGAGGUGGAGCGGCAACGCUGGGUCACCGCCCUGGAGCUGGCCAAGGCCAAGGCCAUCCGCAUGAUGCGCGACCAAUCAGAUGAAUCUGGUGACGAGGAGCCCACCUCGCAGUCGGACAGGAGCGAGAUCCAGGGCACGCUGAAGACUUUGGCCAGCAAGCUCGAUGACCUCAGCACCUGCAACGACCUGAUCGCCAAGCAUGGGGCGGCUCUGCAGCGCUCCCUGAGCGAGCUCGAGGGCCUGCGCGUUCCUGUCGAGGGGGGCGAGAAGAUCAAGGCCGUCAAUGAGCGCGCCACCCUCUUCCGCAUCACCUCCAAUGCUAUGAUCAAUGCGUGCCGGGACUUCCUGGACCUAGCGGAGACACACAGCCGGAGAUGGCAGCGGGCCCUGCAGUAUGAGCGGGAGCAGCGCAUCCACCUGGAGGAGACCAUCGAGCAGCUAGCCAAGCAGCACAACAGCCUGGAGAGAGCCUGGAGGGAAGCCCCCACCCUCGCCGCCAACACGCCCGCUGCACCCACUAUCGACAAGGCAGGGAACGACCGGCCACAGAAAGGGGAGGCGAGUGACGAAGAUGAGGAUACGGAGUACUUUGAUGCCAUGGAGGACUCCCCUGCCUUUAUCACAGUGACCGCCGCCGACCACACCCAGCACAGACGCUCAGUCAGUAACCUCAGUGGGGCGAGCGGAGGACACCCCAAUGACUGGAAUCAGGAGGACCAUGUGUCCCCAAGCUGUAAUGACUCGUCAGGGAAAGAGCUGCAGCCCCGCAGAAGGAGGCGGAGCCGCAUCCCGGACAAGCCUAACUACUCCCUCAACCUGUGGAGCAUCAUGAAGAACUGCAUCGGCAAGGAGCUGUCCAAGAUCCCCAUGCCUGUGAACUUCAACGAGCCGCUGUCCAUGCUCCAGCGGCUGACCGAGGACCUGGAGUACCACGAGCUGCUGGACCGGGCUGCCAAGUGCGACAGCUCCCUGGAGCAGAUGUGCUACGUGGCGGCCUUCUCCGUGUCCUCCUACUCCACCACCGUCCACCGCACGGCCAAGCCCUUCAACCCCCUGCUGGGGGAGACCUACGAGCUGGACCGCCUGGAGGAGUUCGGCUACCGCUCCCUGUGCGAGCAGGUCAGCCACCACCCCCCGGCGGCCGCUCACCACGUUCUGUCGCGACGCGGCUGGACGCUGUGGCAGGAGAUCACCAUCGCCAGCAAGUUCCGCGGGAAAUACCUGUCCAUCAUGCCUCUGGGUGCCAUUCACCUGCAGUUCCAUUCCAGCGGGAAUCACUACGUGUGGCGCAAGGUGACCUCCACGGUACACAACAUCAUAGUGGGGAAGCUGUGGAUUGACCAGUCCGGGGACAUCGACAUUGUCAACCACAGGACCAAGGAGACCUGCCAGCUCAAGUUCUCGCCUUACAGCUAUUUCUCCCGAGACGUCCCACGCAAGGUAACAGGUGUGGUGACGGACAGUGAUGGCCAGGCGCACUACAUCCUGUCAGGCACAUGGGACGACAAGAUUGAAAGCGCCAAAAUCGUGCAGAGCAGUCGGGGUGGUAGCGGGUCGGAGGGCAAACAGAAGACUGUCUACCAGACCCUUUCGCCCAAGCUGCUGUGGAAGAAGUACCCUCUCCCGGAGAACGCGGAGAACAUGUACCACUUCUCCUCCCUGGCGCUGACGCUGAACGAGCCCGAGGAGGGCGUGGGGCCGACGGACAGCCGCCUGCGGCCCGACCAGCGGCUGAUGGAGGCGGGCCGGUGGGACGAGGCCAACGUGGAGAAGCAGCGGCUGGAGGAGAAGCAGAGGGCCGUGAGGCGGAGGAGAGAGGCGGAGGCCUCCGACGCCCUGGAUGAGGGUCGAGAGUACGAGGGCUACCAGCCGGUGUGGUUCCAGAAGAGAACAGACUCCCUCACGGGGGAGACCAGCUUCGUGUACAAGGGCGGCUACUGGGAGGCCAAGGAAAGGCAGGACUGGAGCUUGUGCCCCGAGAUCUUCUGAGUCCCAAUCCACCGUACCCCACCUCCCCACCCUUGGCCUUGCCCCUGCCCUGGGGACUGUGUUACCAUCAGCAGCGGGAGAGGGGACUGCUCAUUGGCCCUGCGUGGACCCCCUCGUGCGUGUGUGCACUCAUACACUCACACACACUUAUACACAUGCAUAUACGUGCACACAGCCACGCAGAUUAGAGAGGCAACCAGCCAACUCUGUGUUCACUUUACCCCCUUCCAAUGUCUAUGUGUCCACGGAUGGUGUGUGUGUGUGUGUGUGUGUGUGUGUGUGUGUGUGAGCGGGUUCCAGCUCUGACUCUGAUCAGAGAGGGGGCUAACCAGCCGCCCACCAAAGCUUCCAAAAAUCAGGUGUUCCACCUACACGUUACCCAACGGUGCACUGCUCUGCCCACCGGGUUCUGCUCAGCGGCCCCUGAAAACACUGUCUGUAUUCUUUUACCAAGUGUGUUACCGUGUGGACUGAAGCUGAUCCAAGCUAAACGCUCCUGCGACCGAGAGGGCGGACUGUGAGCCUGUCCUCGCUACGCAACAGCGGAGACCACACUCGCACCCACUGACGAGGAAAAAAGGGAUGAUAAAGAACAGUGUUUGGUCUUUAAACCUCUUUCUGUUUCUUCCACGGUGCCCAGAACGAAUGGGUCUGCAUUCGGUGUUACCUUCGGAACAAAGACUCGCGCAGACUCUCCAUCCGAGGGAAGGCGCUUCCGGUGCCCCUCAUUCUCACGGAGCUGAUUUUAGUGGCUGGGCCCUCCCACCUGUUUGUGAGCCAGGGUGGGGCCCCGUGCGACAUGUGCCUCUCUGUGAGCACUCUCCCAUACCGGGACAACCUGUCCAGUUUUCUACAGCGGUAGGAUUGAUUGGUCUAUGAGAGCCAGCUUAAAGGCCAAUGGAACCACCUGUCUGUCAUCUUUCCAUAGGCUGGGGCUAUGUGUGUUGUUGGGUGCCGCGAGCUCAGGCACCUUAACCGUACCUCGUUUCACAACCGCAACGCUUCGCCCUAUGCACACACUGUGGAAUGAACGGGACGGCUCCCGACUGAGUUUCCAUUCUGCUUUCAAAGCCAUCUGCCUCCCAUGGUCUGACACACAGCAUCAUUUGCUAGAUGGUACUCUUGUUUAUUACGAGGGUCUGUUGUGGGUUCAGUUAAACUGCACACAGGAUAUGCGCGUUUCAUCGCACAGACUCUCAACAUAAAGCUUCUCAGGUCCCCUGGACCUUUCCCAUAAACAGACACAUAUCCUAUAUACUGCUCAACACCCACGUAUAGUAUUUUUUGUUGUACUGCAUUGUACGAACACAUGGUCACAACACGGGUUUCGUCCAAAGGUCAUAACCAUGUCCUCACAGACCUCUGUUCGGAGGACUCCAAAUUUAGAAAAGUCAUACUUCUAGUACUGUGGCAUACACUCCCCAUGCUAUAGUUCACCUGUUGCCAGUGACUUCACCAGACAAUAGGAGAGUUUUGCCCCUUGGGAGACCGGUGUCACAUGGGACAGAGAUGGCUCACCUACUGCUUCUCAGGCCUCCCAUAGAGCAGCACUGUGUUGGGGCAUUGAACACCAGUUAUUACAACACCUGGGCUAGAUGGUAUUUUCAGGCACUGAUCCAUAGUCACCUAAGGCAACCUUAAUGCUAAACUCAACAACUUUUGCCCAAAAGAUUCACACUGAUCCAGGGUCUCAGUGCAUGGUGCCAGUAUCAAGCUACACCCCUAAGAACUGGAGCUGUGGAGCCUCCUAACCCCCACCUGUUUCCAUUCUGAGUGGACUUUAGAAGUCACAGCGACAGGUUGUGAGAGUAUGUUUUGUAAUUUCUGUUAAGAAUGUAGAAAACUGGCCGAACGUAUUGUACCCACCUGUACGGCCUGUACGAAUAUUUUGCUACAAAAAUAACAUUAACAACAAAUACAAUAAUAAUGGUAAGAAUAAUGAUGAAGAAUACUGUAUAUAGUUAAAUUCUGUAGUUUUAACCAAUUGAAAAUUGUAAAUGCACAUUUUAAUCCAAAAGUUGUUCGGUCAAUCGCAAGCUGAGUCAAACUCGCACUUUCAUUUGAUUGCUUUUUUAAAAAUAAUUUGUAUUAAAAGAAAAAAGAUCUAAGUGGACAGACCUGGAAAAAAAAAACAUUUUUAAAGAAAGUUCUUUAUACCUGGAUGUUUUCCUCCAAGCUGCCGGUGCUCGUUCAUGAACAUUUGUUCAAGCAGUACUUCUGUUAGCUGUUGGAUUGCCGGCUGGUUUUGGUUCAGUGAAGGUGGUUUCAAAGUGCAGGGAGGAAAGUGUAUCUGUAAAGAGGAGGAGCUACAGUACAUGAUUGGCAGGUGGCAAGGUGUGCAAGGCUUUCAGAGAACAGAUCAGAAGCAUGAACCUGUGAGAUCCAGUGAAAGAACCAAAAAGCCCUCCUCUCCUGUGCAUGUAUGAAUGUAAUCUAAAUUCGAGUAAUGGUGGAACAGCAAACUGGCAUCAUCCUAAGAAACAAUGAAGAAGAGGGACAAAAGGCUGAGACCCAAAGCUGCUGCUUUCCUGGCUGGAUCUCACCUGGUCCCCCCCCC